GGAUCAAAUCCUUGAAGUAGCAUUUUGAACCACUUUCCCCUACUAUCACUUUCUGACGUGCUGCUUCUAUGUUGCAGGAAGCAGGUAAUAUGCGCCACCAGGGAAGAAUCUGUAUUUUUGAAUCGAAGACCGGACAGAUCGUGUCCUUAGUACAAGCAUUAUGAAAAAAAGCUUGCUUGUUAUACACAGCACGUGCGUGGUGGUUGUAGGCGCGAUCGCUCCUGAGUUAAACCAACAACUUACCUACAGUACCUGCUCCACACACCACCCCAACUGCUUUGAAAAGGAACAAAAAGAUAAUCUGCAGAAAGGGAAAAGGUCCAAACAAUAUAGCUUGCCGGAUGCAGAAGAGAUCAGUUCUCAUCGGACUAGCGAUAAGAUAACAACGGCUAGUUUUUUGUCUUUUAUCGAAAAGAAUAAUUGAAAACCAAUUAUGUCGACGACAAAAGUGCUAAGAUCAACUGUUAAUAAUUUGGUUUUUGAAGGUAUUAAAUUUCCGUUAGAUGAUCUCGAUAAUAGUGCUCGCACUUGCAACUGCUCUCGACGAGCUGAUCUUCUGUUGAUGAUCUUCCGAUUCCUUUGCUACAUCUGCUACAAUUUGUUUCGAGGUGCUCUAUGGCAGUAUCUAAUGGUUUUGGAAACAGUGCAACGUUGUAAUCUAAAGAGAAGUUAUCACACCCGAGAUGAACUGCCAGAAGUGUCCUGUGGCGAUGCAGACCAGGACAGUGAAGAUGAGAUAUUAGACGACGAAAAAGAAGAGAAUAUGAACGAUAUGUACUACGACGAUUCGUGGAUUGAAACAGACGAUUAUUCUCUGACUGAUAUGGAAAUAACUCAUGCUUAUUCGUCAUUUGUUGAGGAUAGUGGUAUAAACUCAUCGAGUGAUACUGUGGAUGAAAAUGUACUAUUUGUCACCUAUUUGGACAGCGAGGACAACUCUGAUUAUAGAGACGACGAUUUCAAUGGUGUUUCACAGAAUAUCAGCGAUAUUGAUCCCUUAGAACUUGUUCUGUGUCAAUUCGAGAUCGAUUGGGAUGCUCCGUUUUGCGAUCAGGCCCAUAAGAAGGAAAUCGAAGAAGAGUUAUUUUAUGAGGAGGAGGAAUUUUUCAUCGAUGACGAUUGCGUAGAUUGGGAGGCAGAUGAAUUUGAUUUUUGGACUGAGGAAUAUCUACAUGCACUGCCGUCAAAUCACACAUUAGCGGAAAACUCAAAAGCUUAUAGUAGCGCAGUUGAAAGCUUUAUAUCAACGCCAUUCACCCUCGAAAAGAAGACCAAUGGGUUAUCGUUACUCGAUGAUGACGUUUUAGCAGCGAUUACUGGCGUGCCAAAUUCACGAACUGUCAAUACCAAGCAUAAUUAAAGUAAGCGCUAAACAAAAUGAAAUUAUUAAUAAGACUAGCAUAGUUUAUUAAAUAAUGGGUUUGAUUGUAUAUAUUAUAGAGUAAAGCUUAUUAGUGUUAUACACUUUUUAAAAUUGUGAUUAUUAAUAUGAUAAUAGGUUUAUCAUACGGAAAGUGAUAAGAGUAUAAAUGAAAAACAUACAAAUUUUAAAAGAUGUAUAUGAAAUAUGUAAUAAUUUUUUUAAAUAUAUAUGUUGCGUAGGUU